UUGGCGUAAGUAUAAAACAUUUCAAGUUUAUUAGAAUAGCAAAAUCUCAUGUGAUAAGUAGUAAUUAUACUUUCAGCCCAUAUGAAUUGAUCAAUUGUGAAAGAAACAAAUCCACAAAUGUAAAAGCAAAGAUCUUCCUUUACAAUAAUUUGAAACAAUGCCAACACUAAGCUUGCUUAUUAACUAUCAGAUUUCAUGCCAUUUACUUUCACAAAUAGGUUGGGAAAACAUCUAAGGGAAAUACAAAUUAAUUUAGAGUACAUCAAUAAAGAGUAUGUACUUCAUUUGGAAUCUUAUUUCAAGACCGACCAAAAUAUUCUUCAUUCCUGUGGUAAGUUAUCACACUGGCAAUAAGUACUUUGGUUAAGUUAGCUUGUGAAACAUGUAAACAGACUAUGUAGAUAUAACAUGACGAUCGGUUCUAGCAGUAUGGAAAUCAUUACACAAAAUAAAUGAAUUCACAAAAUAAAAAUGUGCACAUGUAAAAAAUUCUAAAAAAAAGUCACACACAUUACAACAGAGAAAUGUUCAUAUUUCAUUAACAAUAUAUUUUAGUAAUUUAUUACAUCCUCUUUAUCAGUCAUAUUAAUCAUUUUAGAUAAAAUCCUUAAAUGUUUAUUCUUUGUAUAAAGCCACAUUAAUUAAGGAGUCAAUUUCUACAUUGUCUCCAGGGACAUAUUCCAAUACCAAGCUUGAGCCAUCAAAUAUGCUUCCUUCAUCAAAUAAAUUCUGAAUAGUUUGUGUUAAAGGACUUAACAUUUGACCAUUAACAUAAUCAAAUAACCUUAACUUGGGAGCAGUUGCUUCAUUAUUUCUAUUAGGAACCUUACAAGAGUCAGCAAUUGCAUCAAUGACUCUUCCUAAAGUCCAGAGUCGUCCAACAAACACAGCUUGAGAGCUCAUGGAACACUGUAAUGGUGGAUACACUAGAAAAUAUGAUCGCUCAGAAACAGGCACAUUAGAAGAUCCUUUUGCACGACCUUUUAAACGCAUUAAUUGUAUUUUCAUAGCAGUAACAUUGCCUUUUAUAUUAGCUUUCUUGCGUAAAUUUAAUGACACUUGACGGUCCACUUCAGAUUUUGCAGCAUGAAACUGUUCUCUCGGUGUAUUCCAGCGUUUGAUAUCUUCUUCAGUAGGAGAUUUAUCUAAACAUCCAUGAUGUCUGUGAGAGAUACAGAAAUGAUGUUUACACACAGGACACAACAAUGCUAUUGCACUAGUAGCAGUGCAAUUACUAUCAGAGCAUUGAAAAUAUGAAUUUGUAGGCUCUGUACUCUGCAAAUUACUAGCCAAACUGCUUGCAAUACAAUUAUGAUGAUCUGGGAGAUAAUGGUCCUUGCAGAAUACUAGGCCACAAUGUGGGCAUGAAAAGGGUAAGAAAUCCAACUGUUUACACUCUGGAAAGGAACACUGCUUGCCUAAAUCAUGAAAUUCCAUGUUUAAUUAUUGGUUCCUUGAAGGACUUCACGUUGCUGUAGAACACCUAAGGCUAUGUCGGUCCACUUUUGCUCUUGCUCCUUCAAUGUCAUUAGUGAAUCACCAUUAUCAGCCUCGGGAUCAGGAAGCUCUCCAGGAGGAACACUUAUGUCUUCACAGGGCAAAGUAUCGUCUCGCCAAGCGUCGUCAACUAUAUCUAAUAACCGACCAUCUAUCAUCACCUGACUAUCCAUACCAGUUUCUGACCUGACGCUAAGUCUACACACAAGGGUCGCGCCAGGGGCCACACUCGAAAACUGGUGAGACAUCGUUAUUAUAAGCGGGGCAUCAUAUGGCAGAGAACAUGCAGCAUGAUUGCUUGAUCAUUGUCGAAAAAACACUGCGAGCUACGCUACCUUACUUCCAUUUUACUGGAUUAUGUUAACAUCACUACCACACACAAUACCACUUUAUUUCAAUUAUUUAACUAUUAUCGCAUUUACACAAUUAUUUGCAUCUGACUUGCACCUCAACAUGACAGACGAUUUAGAAAACAAAUGAAUGUCCACGAGCGUCCAUAUUAAACAUUCCAUCCAACCUUGAACAGCUGAAGAAACUCCGAAUAAACAGUCUCACAGGGUCGCACAAACCUUUGUUCCAUGAUUCUGACCUGCGUUGGUUUUUGGUUGGGUUUCACCUGGUUCCAACACGUUGCAUGAUGGCUAAAGAAUGCUGAAGAAUUAUGAGAACCAAACGUUUUCAAAAUCCACAUCAGAAAUCAUAUAAGAUUUGCAAUAUAAUUAUUCCUCAAUUUUUAUGAAGGCCGGGCGAAGUUAAGCCCAUUUCGUAUCUCCCCUCCACAGACAUUCCUCAGUAAAUUGAACGAUUGCCUGACGGGUCAGUGUCUUUUUGUGGCAAGGAAAGGAGCAGGAAUGGAGUGGGAACAGAGACACUAAAGUCUAAGGGUCUAAGGUCUAAUGAAUCAAAGAGUGCAAGUAAUCGGAAUUGGGUAUUUAGAACGUUGUUAAAAUUGUAGCAAUAGUUGGAAUAGCUACGGAGCAAGAAGCCGGCGGCAUUAGGUGAUCGCCUUUCGAAGCAAGAGUAACAGGCUGCACAACCCGUGCAAAUACGGCAAAUCACAAUGGCUGCAUCAAUGAGGAUGUUUUCCAAGUUAGGAGUUCAGCGAUUGGUUGGUGUGAGAACAAAUUACUCUGCUACCCGCCCCAACAUUAAGCUCACAUCAAAUACAAAAGUUAUAUGCCAAGGAUUCACUGGAAAGCAAGGAACAUUUCACAGCAAACAAGCAAUUGAAUAUGGCACAAAAAUUGUGGGUGGUGUCUCUCCUGGAAAAGGAGGGAAAACCCAUCUCAACUUGCCAGUUUUCAAUUCUGUUAAAGAGGCAAAGGCUGCUACCGGAGCUGAGGCUACUGUAAUAUAUGUGCCUCCACCUGGGGCAGCUAAAGCCAUCCUAGAAGCUGUUGAUGCUGAAAUGCCCUUAAUUGUGUGCAUUACUGAAGGUAUACCCCAGCAUGAUAUGGUGAGAGUGAAACACCGGCUUGUUAGACAAAAUAAAUCACGACUUAUUGGACCCAAUUGUCCAGGAAUAAUUGCUCCUGAGCAGUGCAAAAUUGGAAUUAUGCCAGGACAUAUCCAUCAAAGAGGUGUUGUUGGAGUAGUUUCACGCUCUGGAACAUUAACAUAUGAAGCAGUGCAACAGACAACCCAGGUGGGACUUGGUCAAACAUUGUGCAUUGGAAUUGGCGGAGAUCCUUUCAAUGGCACUGACUUCAUUGACUGCUUAGAAGUGUUCCUUAAUGAUCCUGAGACACGAGGUAUAUUGCUUAUUGGUGAAAUAGGAGGAGUUGCUGAAGAACAAGCAGCCGAGUUUCUUCUGAAAAAUAAUUCUGGUGAUAAAGCAAAACCAGUAGUUUCAUUUAUUGCUGGAUUAACUGCUCCACCAGGUCGUAGAAUGGGACAUGCUGGUGCUAUUAUCUCUGGAGGCAAAGGUGGAGCUCAAGAUAAGAUAAAUGCAUUAGAGAAGGCUGGAGUGAUUGUUACAAAAAGUCCCGCUCAGAUGGGUUCAGAAUUAGUGAAGGAAAUGAGACGGAGGGGUAUAGCUUAAACAAGUUGGCAACUGUUUGAAUUGGUUUUUUGGUGGAAAGUGCUGAAUUAGCAAGAAUGUACCAUUUCUUCCUACCUUAAGUAGCUUGUGAAUCUUCCUCUGUGGCCCUGAAACUCCAUUAUUAUGUGUAUCAGUGUCUUUCACUUGUUCUCAUAUCUAAUUAUACCAUUGAAUCAUGUAUAUUUGUAUUUGUGUACCUGUGCAUACCUGUGACCAAGUAAUCUGGAAACCUGGAUUACAUUUUCUGUGCAUGUCAAAGAAGCCAUUGUAUAAAUUUCUGUAGAAUUAUUAAAGUGAUGCUUUAUAGCAUAUUGUUGGUAAUUUUGUCUGUUUUUUGAAAUUAUAGAUGAAAUUCUUUAUCAGUCAUAUUAAGUGUUAUUGAACUUUAGUGUUCUAAUAAAUGAGAGUACUGUAAACAAAAAUGAUCAGUUUGCAGUAAGUAGAUCCCAGGAGUUCAGGUAUUUAUUUUGGCUUAAAAAAAACAGGUAGAAAAAUAUUAAUUUUUACUAAAAUAUAGAUGCAAAAGGCUUUUACUGGGGGUAUGAAAGGUAUGUAAAAUUCAUUUCAAAAGAGCUUUAAAAAAGAACUUGUAAUAAAAUAUAAAUUCUUUAAAAUUAAAACUAUUAUUCUAACACUGCAAUUUACAUGGAAGAAAAUUUGAUCUUGGAAAUCUUUCAUGUAAGCACCAAACCAUUUUGUUUUACUUCUCUUUCAUUUCAUUUAUCAGAACAAAUAUUUUUCAGUUCCAUGACUGAAAAUUAUUUUUAAUGGCAUACUACUUUGCAGCAUGAUGACCUCAAAAUGAUUCUCUUGUGACGUACAAAAUGUUAGUGGACUAAAUUAUUUUCUUUUCAAUCCACAAAUGGUGUCAGUAAAACUAUUGCUAUUAUUUUAUUUCAUUGAACUUUUGUACUUGUUAGUACUGAUCCAAGCCUUACCAUGUAUUUAUGUAGGCUACUUUGAGAUUUGACCUAAAAAAGUGUCAAUACCAUACUCAAGCAUUAGAUGAGUUCCCUUGAGACCCUAGGGAAAGUCUGAUGGCAUCAAUGUAAGAAAUUCAAAAAUCUUGAUUGGAUUCCAUAUUUCUAUUCCUAUUUCUAUGCCUCCAAUUGUAGAGAAAGAUAAACCCCAACACUGUGCACAUGUGCAAUCUGCAAGUUUAAGCAUAAGGUUCCAGCUUGAUUGAAAUGGUGCGGAGAAAAAUAAGGAAAAUAAUUAUUAUGGAAAAUGAAAAUUCCAAAAUGCAAAAACUAAAAAUAGGCAUCAUACUGUGCAAGAAGUCAAAUGAAAACUUAUAAUAAUGUCAAAAGAACAGUUUCAUACUGUUGUAAAUCUUAAAAUUGUAAGAAUAAUGCAGUAAGCCAAUUUUCUGGGCUCCAGAAUGUAUUUUCAGAACACUCCACAGCCUCCCAUUCCCUGUUGGCAGGAUGAUAAGUGUAGGGCAUAGGAAUUGUAACCAAGUGGAUAAAACAUUGUACCAAAUUCUUAUUGUAAUAUCUUGAUACAAUUCUAAAUUAACGGUUGUGUUUGAUAAUUCUCCAAUCUUGUAGUGUAUUAAGAUGUCUUCUGUUCAUUUUUUCAAAGAACUUAAUGACAUGGCAUCUUUGGUUAAAAAUUGAAACAAAAUUUAAAUUUUGUGACAAUGUGACAUUAUUUCAUCUUGCCAAAGUGAGGAGAUAUCCAUGAUAUCCAUUUUUUUUUUAUAAAAAGAGUUUUGAAUCCCUUGUGUCUCUAGGAAAGUUAACUAUUGAUUUUUUGCCAAUUUCAGAAGUGACUAGAAAUAUUUAUUGUUUAACUUGUAAAUGACAUGAAAAUAAAUCUUGAAAAUUGUGUUGUGUAUAUAUAUAUUACGAAACUUUGACAUUGUUUUUAAUACGGUUCAGCCUAAUGUUGAGAAAAUAUUUCACUAAAUAAUUUUGAAAUUAAAAUUUGUAGUUUCAAUCUGUGAAUAAUGCAUUUAUUCUUGAAAUAAAAUAAUCCACAUUUAAUGAAAUGUCAAGACAGAACUUUGAUUUUGUUCUGUUCAUAAAUGAUUCGUUUCACUGUGAUAACAUACAUAUAUUCAUCCAUCACAUAAUAUUUUAAAAUGAAUUAGUUGUUGGUACCUGGUAGCAGUUGCUUUUUGAGAGAGGAAAGCUACAUUUGUGCAGAAACUAAGAAGAACAUUUUCUCUAUCGAUUAAGGGCAACUGGACAUAAAAAACUAGCUUUCUUUCAGCUCAGAGGCUCAAAAGAACUGCACAAAAGUUGUUACUCGCUAUGUAUUAGAUUUAUACAAAUUUGAAGUCUUGAAGAUUUACUUAUGCUUGAAUGUCAUUUUUUAUUAUUAUUAUUUGCGAUUGGCCAUGAUUGACCAUGUUCUCUUCUGAUGCCCAGUCCUAUCCUGGGGAGAGUGUCAUGGGGACCAGCUUUUCGGCUGUAUCCCGCAAGGGCGGAUCCAGCUGAUUUUGGGCAGGGGAACCAUUGCAAAUUUUUGAGAAUAACAAACAUUUGUUAUUGUAUUGUGUCUUAUUUAUGUACUAUAGAUGUGAUCCUAUAUUAUUGUUUAAAUAAUAAAUAAUUCGAAUACAAAUAUUUAAAUCAAUUUUGCUAAAUAAAGGUAGGUAAAUGAAAACUAGGCCUUUUGGCCC